AUGACGACACGCAGAAUAUGCGAAAAUUAUGAGGCAGCCACAGUCCUCCGUGUUGUUGAGAAAACAACCAUUCUUUGGAACUUUUCGACUUUUGGUCUCGACCAUCCUGACCUUCAACCUCGGAUCGCCCUUCCUCGAAGCCGACCUCAAUCAGCCGACCAGUUGAUCUCACCUUCAGACAGGAGAUUUGUAGUUUUUGUCAGGGGUAGAGAGGAACAGGCUCUCUUUAUUCGAUAUCCAGCAGGAAUGAUCGACAGAAAUAUAGCGGAUUGUAUAGAAAAUGACGUGAAGAUUUCUUUCAUGAAGACUGGGGAUGUUACCGCUUCAACAUACUCUUUCCCAGACAUCGAUAUCAUGUAA